AUGGAAAAUAUCAAAAUUCCAUCCGCGUCCACGAUUCUAGACUCGCCCGACACCCCGGCGGGGAAGCCUGCCUCGCCCCAGAAGGCGAAGCAGACUGCCCAGAAGCCCAAACAGACCAAGAGUCGUAAUGGCUGCAUCACCUGUAAGGCGAAGCGGCUCAAGUGCGACGAGACCAAACCGUCCUGCCACCAGUGCCAGCGCCGUAAGGUCACCUGUGGUGGAUAUAAGAAGGACUUUAAGUGGCGACCGUUUGAGGAGACCAACUUGGCUGUGGGAAGGCCGACGGCCAAGCCAAAGAGGGCUCAACCAUCUCAACCUGCGCAACCACCAGCAGGUAAAGGCACAAGCAAAGGCACAGGGAACUUCCCCACACCGCCGACAACUGAGCAGUCUACGCCGCCAACAUUGGGGCAGCCAACCCAGAACACGACGACUCCCCCCGAGUCCUCGUUCCAAAACUCCCCCGACAGCUUCAAGAGCUAUCUUUCUGUCGACAACACCUCGCUCGACGAAUUCCUCCCGGAUGAACCCUCUACCGACAAGGAAAACUCUACCCCGUUAGGCGUGACAGUCCCCGCGGACUUGGAUCCGCUGAACUUCCUCUCCUUCCUCGAGCCAUUUCAGCAUAAUGUCCCUUUCACCGAUGAGCUCCUGCCUGGCCAGGACAUGGACACCACCGACGGCGUCCCCUUCGGACCGCAACUACGGUCCGACGGCCCUGGGCUAAGCUUCUCCCAACUAUUGGAGGACGAGACGGGCGACAUCGAAGAGAUCAUCCGCCAAUCCGACCCCGGCGCCGGACCCUGGAACCUGAACUUCCCUUGUGAAGACGACACCCCAUUCGACUUCUCCCGCAUCCCAGAGCAACCCACUCUUGCCCCAGAAAGCCGGGAAAUGCUAGCCAUGCGCUUCGACCGAAUGACCUGCGGGAUCCUAUCCAUCAAAGACGGAGCCAGCGAGAACCCCUGGCGAACCCUCAUCUGGCCACUCGCAAAGAGCACCCCAGCGCUCUAUCACGCCCUCUUCGCCCUCUCAGCCUUCCACUACGCAAAAGAGAACCCCUCUCUCCGCGUACAAGGCGUCAAACACAUGCGUCAGAGCAUCACCUGUCUCCGCCAACAGAUCCAAAACAUGCGAGCCGACACUGCGCUAGCAACCAGCCUGGCCCUCGCAUUCGCAGAUACAUGGGACCAGAAUACACGCACCUGCAUCCAGCACCUGCGCGGCGCAAAAACACUCAUGCUCCAACUGCUAAACGCUGGCCUACAAGGCGGGCUCCAAGCCGAAGAACUCGACCGCAUUCGCUUCCUCUACAACACCUGGACAUACAUGGACGUAAUCGCCCGUCUAACCUCCCUCGAUGAAUCCGGACCCCAAGACCUAAACCCAGCAAUCUUCCAACUACCCGGCGACGCAAUCCACGAAAUCGACCCGUUAAUGGGGUGCGCUGCAACGCUCUUCCCGCUAAUCGGCCGCGUCGCCCGACUAGUCCAACGCGUCCGCAAAACAGCCUCGAAUUCCGUCUCCAUCGUCGCGCAGGCAAUGGAACUUAAAUCCCUCAUCGAGACCUGGGAGCCACCGCUCUGGUUCGAGCCGCCUGAAGAUCCUACCUCGGAGGUCCAGCAUAGUAUCCAGGUAGCGCAUGCGUACCGCUGGGCUACGCUGUUGUAUUUGCACCAGGCAGUCCCCGAAAUGCCCUCCGAGCCAGCCGAAGAACUCGCAAAACGAGUCUUGAUCCUGCUUGCGACGGUCCCUUACACAUCCCGCACUAUCAUCAUCCAGAUGUUCCCGCUCCUUGCGGCGGGCGCGGAGGUCGAUCAGGAGGAUGAUCGGAAGUGGGUGCUGGAUCGGUGGAAUACGAUUCAGUCGAGGCUUAUGCUUGGUGGUGUGGAUCGGUGUUUGGAUGUGCUGAGGGAGGUUUGGUCGAGAAGGGAUGCGAUGAAGGCUGAGCGGCUACAGCAGCAGUUGAAUUCUGGUAGACGACCUGCUUCAUUUUCCAGUGAGGGGGAGAAGGGCACGAAUGCUUUUCGUGAAUCGGGGAGUCCGCGCGGGUUCCAUGCUAGAGCGACUAGUAAUGGCGGUGGUGAGCUGGGUCGGCAGCGCUCGGGAAAUGCGGCCACGUCUAAAAGGCGUGGGUCGGCGCUUUCCUCAUUGGAAAAUAUCGAGUUUGAGAGGACGGUUAGGAGUCGCUUGCAUUGGGUUAAUGUUAUGGGGGAAUGGGGGUGGGAGGGUAAGUCAUCAUUCAUUCCUUCCUGGCUGGACCAUACUUACAAUCUGCGAUGA